AAGAAAUGGAUAUAGAAGAGUUUCGUAAAAGAGGUUAUGAGACAGUUGACCGAAUUUGCAAGUAUUACAAAGAACUUGACAAUUACAAUGUUUUGCCAAAUGUGGAGCCUGGAUAUCUCAAGAAGCUUCUUCCGGAAGAGGCACCUGAAGCUUGUACAGAGUUGGAAUCCAUUGUACUUGAUUGGGUUGGAAAGCUUAUAGGUUUAGAUAAGAGUUUUCUUAGCGAUGGUUAUGGUGGUGGUGUAAUUCAAGGGGCUGCUAGUGAUGCUACGUUGGUUGUUUUGCUUGCAGCUAGACAACGUAUAAUUGAUAAAUACAAAGCUGAAGGUUUAAACGAAGAACAAUUAUAUGAAAUAUCUAAUCGUCUGGUUGCAUAUGGGUCUACUCAGACUCAUUCAUGCUUGAAAAAGGCCACAAUGAUAGCUAACGUACGUUUUCGUGCUCUUCCAACAGACGAGAAAUUCUCUCUAAGAGGAGAUACUUUUAAGCGUGAAAUUGAAAAGGAUAUUUCUCAAGGUCUAAUUCCAUGUUUCCUUAAUGGAACAAUAGGCACAACAGGUUCUGCAGCAGUUGAUCGUAUUUCGGAGUUAGCUGACGCAAUUCAAGGCACAGACGUGUGGCUUCAUAUUGAUGCUGCUUAUGCAGGUUCCGCCCUUGUUUGUCCUGAAUAUCGACAUUAUCUUGAUGGUGUUGAUCGAGCCGAGUCAUUUAAUUUUAACAUGCACAAGUGGUUAUUGACGAAUUUUGAUACCUCAUGCCUAUGGGUUAAAAGGCGAAAAUUCCUUAUAAGUGCAUUAACUAUUACACCAGAGUUUUUAAAAAAUCCUGCUAGCGAAAGUGGAUUAGUCAUAGACUAUCGAGACUGGCAAUUACCAUUGGGUAGGCGUUUUAGAUCAUUAAAGAUAUGGUUCGUUUUGAGAACUUAUGGUGUGAAAGGUUUAAGGGAACAUAUUCGAAAGUCGAUAACUCUUGCAAAACAUUUUCAAACCAACCUUUUAUCAAAACAUUCCGACCUUUUUGCUAUCUCAGUGGAACAAGCUUUUUCACUUGUUUGUUUUCAUGUCAUUCCUAAUGAAAAAUCACGUAAAACGUCCAAUGAACUCACAGAAAAAGUUUAUAAUCGUGUAAAUGAAUCACAAAAAAUUUAUUUAACACAUACUAAAUUAAAUGAUCAAUUCGUUAUAAGGUUUGCUGUAGGAAGUCCGUGGACCAACGAAGAACAUAUAGACAGGGCACUUGACCUUAUAGUAAAGAUCACGAAGGAAGUUAUCGAAGCUGAGGAUGGAAAUAAUUAA